AGGUGGCUUCCAUCCCGCCCAGAACAUCGAGGACGUGGUGGACUGGAAGCUUGUGGUACAUCGGUACCUGGUCAUGCAGGGGGUCACUGACCUUGACGACGAAGUCACCAAGGGCACAAGUCUACUCAACAUGGAGGUCGUCGAUGACCAGAGCAAUAACGAUAAAAAUAGAAACAACGUCACGUGACAACCGGCGUGAUCCGGGCGGAUCUCUCUUUCUCUGACGUCAUUUUUAUUGUGACUUCUGCUGGUCGGAUGUCUGUGAUGAUUUCUGGAGAAGGAAAUGUUGGUUGUCCCAGACUACAAUGCAAUAUGAUGAUAUAUAUAUAUAUUGAAGGAAGCAACCCCCUGCUCUGUGAACUACGCCAGUUGCUCCUGCCAGUUGAGGUAGUCUCGGCUCGUAAGGUCUUGAGCAAUCUUUGUGUGAUGUAGCCUACAGCACAAGCAAUACAUACAAUACCGUACUACAUAUACUAAAAUUACGACAAAAUCGAGCAAUCGUUUAUCGUUGCUCGAAUAAUCGAACAUCCGAUUACUUUGUGUACUCGAUCACUUGGCCAAACAGCGUACAGAUUUUGUAAGCGUUUGUUUCUUGUUUCGUGAUUUGAUCCUCACUUUGUGGACGCAAGUAUCGCGGUGUAUUCAUUCUGAACAACACAGACAAGCCCAUCUCUGUUGUAGGAUUGGGAUUUUCCCUCUGACACUGAAGGAAUGUGUGACAUAACUAAUAAUAGUGACUACAUCACUGACUGCAUGACGUAAUACUGGUCACAUUGCACUGAACAUAAUCCUGUUCUGACGUCACAAUUGUGCCACAACGGUGUUUCAUGUAACAGCACUCAUUGACACAUCAGACCUGCUGAGGUAUUCUUUUGAAUGACUGUUAGUUCAGUGUGUACCAUCAUCUGCUGUUGUUAGUCCUUCUGUAAUAAGGACGAGAUAUUCGUCAGAACCCCAAAUGUCAGACAGAAAAAAAUGAAUUUGUUUUAUGAACUCUAGACGACUCACUCUGUUGUAAUGCCAGUUCACCCGGGAGAGCUCCAUUUAACUCUAUUUAAAACCGAUACAUAACGGGCAAGGAGGAAAAGAUUGUGCGCGCACUCGACAAGAGCGACAAAUGUGUUCUGACUUUCAUUUUCGCACUCACUCAUGGUGCGUACAAAUGCAGGGCAGUUUUUGCUGCGAGAAACGAGCGUCGGCCAUGAGAGUGCACGAUUCAGGAUAGAUUCAGAGGUCUAUGUGUAAUAUGAACCAAAGUGUCACAGAGAAGAAAAGAAAGGUGCCUACAAAAACGACUCUCGCUCUACUGCUCAUAAAAUGCGACUGAAAACAUGUACUUCGUACUUUUGCGGCUGUAAACUGUGAAAUAACUUACUGUAAAAUAUCUUUCUGCCAACGUGACAGAUUGGCAGCAGUCAGUGGCACAUGUCCUCCUCUUCGUCCUUCUCCUCCUCCUCCUCCUCCUCCUCCUCCUCCUC